GAGACACAGGUUACACCUGACCCUGAGGUAUGAGAGACAUAGGUUACACCUGACCCUGAGGUAUGAGAGACACAGGUUACACCUGACCCUGAGGUAUGAGAGACACAGGUUACACCUGACCCUGAGGUAUGAGAGACACAGGUUACACCUGACCCUGAGGUAUGAGAGACACAGGUUACACCUGACCCUGAGGUAUGAGAGACACAGGUUACACCUGACCCUGAGGUAUGAGAGACACAGGUUACACCUGACCCUGAGGUAUGAGAGACACAGGUUACACCUGACCCUGAGGUAUGAGAGACACAGGUUACACCUGACCCUGAGGUAUGAGAGACACAGGUUACACCUGACCCUGAGGUAUGAGAGACACAGGUUACACCUGACCCUGAGGUAUGAGAGACACAGGUUACACCUGACCCUGAGGUAUGAGAGAAACAGGUUACACCUGACCCUGAGGUAUGAGAGACACAGGUUACACCUGACCCUGAGGUAUGAGAGACACAGGUUACACCUGACCCUGAGGUAUGAGAGACACAGGUUACACCUGACCCUGAGGUAUGAGAGACACAGGUUACACCUGACCCUGAGGUAUGAGAGACACAGGUUACACCUGACCCUGAGGUAUGAGAGACACAGGUUACACCUGACCCUGAGGUAUGAGAGACACAGGUUACACCUGACCCUGAGGUAUGAGAGACACAGGUUACACCUGACCCUGAGGUAUGAGAGACACAGGUUACACCUGACCCUGAGGUAUGAGAGACACAGGUUACACCUGACCCUGAGGUAUGAGAGACACAGGUUACACCUGACCCUGAGGUAUGAGAGACACAGGUUACACCUGACCCUGAGGUAUGAGAGACACAGGUUACACCUGACCCUGAGGUAUGAGAGACACAGGUUACACCUGACCCUGAGGUAUGAGAGACACAGGUUACACCUGACCCUGAGGUAUGAGAGACACAGGUUACACCUGACCCUGAGGUAUGAGAGUCACAGGUUACACCUGACCCUGAGGUAUGAGAGACACAGGUUACACCUGACCCUGAGAUCUGCAGAGAACAAGCACGUGGGGAACAUCACCAUCAUUGCCUGGCAGAUAGAGGAGAAGAGAGACCAGAGGACUCUGCCUGUUGCCAGGUUACCAGACACCAUCAACGGCAGGACCGUGCUUCCGGUGGAUGAGAGCCUGACAGAAUCCAUGGGCGUCAGAGCCAAAUAUGCAUCUUUAUGCAAAGACACCCUGCUGACAUCAGUGUUUGGAGGCACCAUGUCCAGAAUGUACCGUUUCCCCACCACGGACGGUCACCAUCUGCGGGUGCUAGAACAGAUGGCUGAAAGUGUGUUGUCUCUCAACAUCCCCAGACAGUAUGUCAAACUACUGCUGGAGGAGGACGCUGUCAGGGUUUGUGAGCUGGAGGAGCUGGGGGAGUUGUCACCAUGCUGGGAGAACCUACGACGACAGAUAGUCACUCAGUACCAGACCAUCAUCCUCGCCUACCAGGAGACUCUCUCUGACCUCACCAACUACAAGGGUCCGUCGUUCAAGGCCAGUAACCUGAAGGCAGAGAGGAAGCUGGAGUUCAUACCCACCAACCUUCAUGUCCAGAGGAUGAGGGUGCAGGAUGAGUCUGGCUUUGACCACACGUAUGACGUGGUGACUAUCGGGGCUCCCGCCGCCCACUGCCAGGGCUUCAAGAACAGCGGCCUGCGCAAGCAAAUCACCAAGUUCGAGGAGGCCAAAAAACACGUUUAUGAGGAAGAAUGCAGUGCCCUGUCCAGCUGUCAGUCUAUAGUGUACAUCCCCCAGGACAUUGUCCGGGCCAAGGAGAUCAUCUCCCACAUCAACACCCUGAAGACCCAGGUCAGCUACUAUGCUGAGAGACUGUCCCGCGCCGCCAAGGACCGCUCUGCCAACGGUCUGGAGAGGACCCUCGCCAUCCUGGCUGAUAAGACUCGCCAGCUGGUGACGGAGUGCGACUGCAAACUGCUGGCCUCGGCCAUCCAGGCACUGAACGCGGCACGCCCCGAGUUUAUCGCCUCCAAGGCGUCACCCUCCGCCGACGCCACCGAUCAAGUAGUCCUGCGCAACGACCGGGACACGCUGCUGGCCAAGUGGAGCGGAUGCAACAGCCGCUCCUCGCUGCACGUCGACUGGCACGAGGAGGAGUGGGAGAAGGUGUGGGUAAAUGUAGACAAGAGUCUGGAGUGUAUCAUCCAGCGGGUGGACAAACUCCUUCAGAAGGACCGUCUGCCUGGCGACAGCAGCCAGGGGGACACUACCCCAGACCACCAGCAGGGCGGCAGUAGUAAAAAAGGUAACCAGAGUACCAGGGCGUUCUGGAUCAACCCUGACUGCAUGACCCAGGAGGAGCCUUCGUCAUCAUCACUACCUUCCUCAUCAUCCUCCCUCCUGCCUGCUCUCACCCUGAAUCUGACUCAUGCAUGCCCACCCAGCCCUGACAAAAACCCAUAUGGCAGCCCCAGUGGCGAGGAGGAUUUCCCAGGGGAGUGGAGCGAGGCGCUGUACCCUCUCCUCACCACGCUGACAGAGUGUGUGGCUAUGAUGAGUGACAAGGCGAAGAGCUCCAUGGUGUUCCUGUUGAUGCAGGACAGUGCUCCUACCAUCGCCAUGGACCUCUCCCUGCAGUACAGACGAGACGUGGUCUUCUGCCAGACGCUCACUGCCCUCAUCUGUGGCUUCAUCAUCAAGCUGAGGAACUGUCUCCGUGACGAUGGCUUCCUCAGGCAGCUCUACACCAUCGGCCUGCUGGCCCAGUUUGAGUCUCUGCUCAGCACCUACGGCGAGGAGCUGUCCAUGUUGGAGGACAUGUCGGUAGGCAUCAUGGACCUACGGAACGUUACCUUCAAGGUGACCCAGGCAACCUCCAGCUCCUCCCCCGACAUGCUGCCGGUCAUCACUGGCAACCGGGACGGCUUCAACGUCCGCAUCCCGUUGCCGGAGACCAUGUUUGACGCGUUGCCGCGGGAGAUCCAGAACGGCAUGCUGCUGCGCGUCCAGCCGGUGCUCUUCAACGUGGGAAUCAACGAACAGCAGACGCUGGCAGAGAAGUUUGGAGACACGUCUCUGCAGGAGAUCAUUAACCUAGAGAGUCUGGCCAGACUCAACUCCUACUAUCAACAGUUCAAGGAGGUCUUACCUGAGGACUGCCUGCCCAGGUCCCGUUCCCAAACGUGUCUACCAGAGCUGCUGAGGUUCCUGGGACAGAACGUCCACGCCAGGAAGAACAAGAAUGUAGACAUCCUGUGGCAGGCAGCAGAGAUCUGUCGUCGUCUGAACGGUGUGCGUUUCACCAGCUGUAAGAGUGCUAAGGACCGCACGGCCAUGUCUGUCACCCUGGAGCAGUGUCUGAUCCUACAGCACGAACAUGGCAUGGCCCCACAGGUCUUCUCCCAGGCCCUCGACUGCAUGCGCAGCAUUGGGACCAGGGAGGGGGUCACCCAGAAGAACCUGAGUGGCCUGUUGCCUGUGCGUGAUUUCAGGCUGGACCCCAGCCUGCUGUACUCCCUGCCCCUGCUGGCCCUCAGCCCCAACCUGCUGGUCGUCUGGCUGUUCCUCAGCGUCGCCUACUUCCUGGCCAAGCUCCGCUGCAGCUGAAGGCACAGCCCUCUGCCACCCAGCCCCACCUACUCUCGACCUCUACUCACCUCUUCUCUCUGCCCGUUCCCCCCAGUGUGUCCGUCAGUCAGGAAGAAAGGCAAAAAGUUAGUUUGUCAGUCAAGGAGGAAGACAGGCAGUCAGGGAGUCAGUCAGUCGCUCUGUCAGUCUGUCUGGAGCUCAGCCGGGAGAACCCUCUGAUUGGUCGAGGGCAGACCGUGUGUACCUGACUGGACUUUAUGUGCGUCACUCGGGCUAAACUGCCAGCUGUUCCACCUAAUGGGCAGCCAGCACUCCUCCCGCCCUGCUCUCUGUCCUAACCAAUCCAGUCAGAGCAGGAGGCUGGUCUAAAGGUCUAUGUGCAGUACUGUAUGAGACUGUUACUGUCAGUGUUCUGACAUAUUUCUCAGUUUAACACCCAUUGUUUUACAACAAUCAAAUACAAACAGAGUAUGGGGAGAAACUUUGAAAUAAAGACGGUAAGAAGUUUUAGCUGAAUUUAAUGGAAGUUUUGUCCCAGUUGUCCUUGAGUAUUUAUAAUGCAGCUUCCCAACUCAUGACAUGAUUAUAACCAUGCUAUUAUGAUAAUGUGAUGUCAUGGAUCCUUUGGUUUUGCACAGAGCUUAUUUUCAGUCAUGCAAAUGUUCUGGCUUGCUUGACGUUUACGUCUUCCAUAAGGUUUGCAUACAGCAUAAGCCAAGGGAUGGCUUGGCCAUGCAAUAUCAAGCUGAUGUUUUGAUCUGGUGGCCAUUUUGUUGUUGUUCCUCAGGCCUUCCUACUCUUACAGCAGGAGAGACUUGUGUCCGCUUUCACUUUAAACCAAUGCACUUUUUUUAAUCAACGUUGUCAUCUUAAUGAAGGUUAUUCGCUUGUCUUGCCAAUUGACACAGUUUCAUCAUGGUCGGAGCAAUUUGAAUUGGCUAAAUCUGGGAAUGUAUGAUAUUUCAGGGGAGCUUUGUUGGCUUGUUUGAUUAUGCAGUGUAGUGUUUCCGACGGGUGUUUAUUUUUUAGUUGAUAUCAGAUUUCAUGUCUGUACUAAGUUUCCUAUUUACUAUGGAGUUUGUAUAUAUGAAUUGGUUCUUUGUUAGAGAACCUAUAAGUGUUGCAGUUCUAGGGAAAUGACAGAGAAGAUGAAGAGAAUGUACAUGGGCAAACCUCAAAUGGCUCCCUACCACCAAAUGAUGCACUACCUCUGACCAGUAGUGCACUAAAUAUAGGGGAUGAUUUGAGACACAGCCCAUGCUUGUUGUGCCAAAUGAUUUAGCCAGGUCUCAGAUGCUAGAUACAGGUCUUGGAUCUUUAUUCCAGGUCAAAGUGUUACUUCCAGAUCUCCCAGCAGCCCAAAUCCAUCCUGCUUCCACAGAGACUCUUUGGGUUACUUCCAAGCCUUGCACUCUGGACUUCCUGGUCUCUGCUGAGAGUCCAUACACCAUUAUCAUAUACAGUAGUUGCUAUCUAGUCCCAUAAAAACAUGAUUAGCUAUCUAAUGGUAUAUGCACUCAUUAAUAUGUAGACUAGUGGUAUUAUCGUUUUCCAGCCCCAUAGCCUCUCUCCAUUUUAAUCAGUAUAAUACCUGUCUUCAGUGCUGUGUUACGUCCCAAGACGGCCACACUCAAUCCAAUCUAAAGUGACCUACUAAAGAAAUGGACCAUCCGUCCCAAAAUAGCCUCUGUGAGAUUGUCACGCUUGUAUUACAUCCCCUCCACCCCCCAUUUCCAACUUCUAGACCCCCCACAAUGGAAAACUGGAGUGAUUCUUUUGUCCUUGUUGGUUGAGCUAUAUGCAAGCUUCUUAUAGGCCUCUCACCUGUGUGACUGGUAUGGGAGAGAGGCUGGGUUUAGUGGUGUAUUUAGGUUAGUUCAUUGGUUUGGUUUUGAAUAUUCAGAGUUCUUUUUUUUUUACUGAUUUUGUGCAAUGUUACUGUUUUACAUUAUCGACAAAUACGUAGGUACAUGCAGUAUUUAUUUCUCAGUAUUCUACAGUAUUUACUUUUUCAAUCUUGUAAAUCCAUAUUGUAAAUAAUAGAAAUGUAUAAAGUCAGAUCAUCUAUUGAUAAGUAUGCUGGUGUAGAACUACCUCUAUUGUCCCAUAAAACACCAUUUGACUGUCAGCCAGGGGAGGAGAGCUGAGGGACAGCCAGGGGAGGAGAGCUGAGGGACAGCCAGGGGAGGAGAGCUGAGGGACAGCCAGGGGAGGAGAGCUGAGGGACAGCCAGGGGAGGAGAGCUGAGGGACAGCCAGGGGAGGAGAGCUGAGGGACAGCCAGGGGAGGAGAGCUGAGGGACAGCCAGGGGAGGAGAGCUGAGGGACAGCCAGGGGAGGAGAGCUGAGGGACAGCCAGGGGAGGAGAGCUGAGGGACAGCCAGGGGAGGAGAGCUGAGGGACAGCCAGGGGAAAAUGUGCUCCAUGAGAGCAGCACCCAAGGUCUGUCCCAAAUGGCACACUAUUCCCUACGUAGCGCCCUAUAGGCCAUGGUCAAAGUAGUGUACUAUAUAGGGAAUAGGGCACUGUUUAAUAGGGAAUAGGGCACUGUUUAAGACGCAACCCCAGUAUGUACAAUAUUAGGAUGGCGUUUGCUUCAACCAAAUGUGAAAUAGCUCGUCCUGCUGGUUGGUAAUGAUACUACAGAAGCUUGUCACCCAGUAGGUCCUAUGAAAAGUUGGAUUGCUCCGUUCUGGGGAUACAUGCAAUUAGGAGACCAUUCUUCAGUUGUAGAGAAUUGCAGAAUGUGCUGGUGACAGUUUGUUCUGCCGGUGUAUUUAAUUCCGAUGAAGAAACCCACUGCGUUAAAUAUGUUGUAACCAUAGUGAUGCUAAAUCCAGGAAUAUUCCAACUAAAAUCAAGUUCAUGACUCAAUUCUCAAGUUUUAUUUUUCUGUUUCUCUUGAAUUCCUUAGCGCUUUUGACUAUGGAGAAUAUAUUUAUAUUGCGUUGCAUUAUAUUUUCAUGCUUGUAUGUCUAAAUGCUCACGUUUGCUAAAUAUAUGUAUUCUUAUGGAGAGUUUGAUGUGAUUACAUCAUCUUCAUGCAGGUUUCACUUUAUAAUGAGAGGGAGAAAUUCUAGUUGCUGUUCCAGAUAUCUUUGUAUUAACCCUUGUCUGGUACUUUGCCCAGUUCCAACCCAAUAUCAGGAUUGCUUGGAUAACCAUUUAUGAAUAUGCUCUGAAAUACUAUACGUUUCUCCCUUUCUCUCUAAUGCUUCUCUCUGAAAUAGACUUUUCUCCCUUUCUGCUUCUCUCUGAAAUGGUAUGCAUUUCUCCCUUUCUCUCUGAAAUAGUAGACUUUUCUCCCUUUCUCUCUAAUGCUUCUCUCUGGAAAGUGCAAUAGCAGUCAAUUAGUCAGCAGCCCAAAGAAUCAGCUUUAAUGUUGUUAUAUAAUAAACGUCAUGCCAAAUGUA